AUGGAGACGCCCUCGGCCUCGCGCGAGCGCGCCACUGCGGACCGCCUGGGCGAACUGCCGGACGGCGUCCUGCUGGAGGUCCUGUCGCGCCUCACGUUCCGGCAGGCGGUGCGGACGGGCGUGCUGUCGCGGCGCUGGAGGGGCCUCUGGCACGCGGUGCCGUACCCGCUCUCGUGCAUCGACAUCGACCAGAAGCGCGCGUUCCGGGGCGAAAAGGCCACCCGCUGGUCGCCGUCCCUCGACGAGGAGCGGGAGAGGUUGUUCAGGCUCGUGGACUACGGCGACCGCGUGACGACGAGCGGUGGCGCCGUCGAGCCGCUGGGCGCGUUCCGGCUGCGCGCCACCGACCUGCUGCUCUUCGAGACGGCGGGCAGGUGGAUCCGCCGCGCGCUCACGCGCCGCCCCAUGGCGGUCGCCAUCCGCUGCGACGCCAGCAGCCCUCUCUUUCCGGCACGCCCGGAGUUCUCGUUCGCUCGCUACUCCCGCGGCGGCGGCGCCUUCACGUGCUGCCUCAGGGCGCUGCAGCUGCACCGGGUGACCCUGGGCCUGGAUAGCGACUUCGCGGACGCCAUCGCCAACGAGCUCCCGGUCCUGGAAGACCUGCGGUUCGAGGAGUGCGACUACUACUUCACCCGGAUCGCUUCCACCUCGCUCCAGAACCUGUCCAUCUACAACUGCGCCGCCCGCGUUCAGAUCGUCGACGUGUUUGCCCUCGCGGCUCCUCGGAUCUCCUCGCUGCGCAUCCACGGCAACCCGCCGCCGGUCGCCUCGGAAUGCGAGAUGCCGUCCCUCCUCGCAGCGUCCCUGGAACACCCGGCCGGCUUCGUCGGCCUGCUGAGCGGCCUGCGCCACGCGAGGAAUCUGAGCCUGUACGGGUUCGGCACGACGGCCUUGCUCGACGGCGAGGAGCCCGGAGGAUUCCCGGAGUUCCGCAACCUGAGCGCCCUGGUCUUCGACGAGUGCGACGUUGGGGUCGACUGCCAGGUGCUGCGGCACUUCCUCCGGAACUCCCCCGGCCUGGAGACGCUCGCGCUGCGCUACUGCUCGUUUACAGGCGGCUCCAGGAGGAAGAAGAGGAAGGCGAGAUCGUCCGACGACAGGCGCGUUCCGGCGUCGCACGCGUGCAAGAACCUCAAGUCGGUGGAGCUCGAGUACCACGACGAGCAGGAUGUCUCUGAGCUAGAUGACGCGUUGGAGGAGAUAUCAAAGAAGGUGGCUCGUCCAAUCGAAAGUUCUGUCCAGCAUGGUAGGCGCACAGUGAGAAUUUCGUGGCCGUGCAUCCCCACCGCCUACGCCGCCGGCACCUUCACCAGCCGCCUCAGGACGCUGCGCCUCUCCGGCCUGAGCCUGACGAGCAACUUCGCGGACGAUCUCGCCGCUGGCUUCCCGGUCCUGGAAGACAUGUAG